AUUCCAUCUCAAAACCGUCAAACCGUACAUCCACCUUCGUAUAAAGACUCUCUACUUCAUCAAACCAAACACACACAAUAUCAAGAGCUAAUCUAAAGGAAAUGGCAAUGCGCGGCGAUGAUAAGGGCGGCGUGAGGGUGGUAAUUAUCAACACCGAGUACGUGGAAACAGAUGCGGUGAGCUUCAAAUCUGUUGUUCAGAAGCUCACCGGAAAGGACGCGACCGUGGCGGCGAAGCGGCGGCCCGGAAAGGAAGCCUACAGCUGCAGGAGGGCGCCGAUUUUGGAGAAGAUGUCUUCGUUCAAGGAUUUUGAUAGGAUGCUUAAGGAGUUGCCUCCGCUUGAUGAAUUAUACAGUCUUUACGCCGAUAAUUGGAGCUAAGCUCGCCACAUAUUUUCCCCCAUUUCCAUAUAUGAAUAAUUAUUUAUUCUUUUA